CAUGGAACCAACAGCGCCCAUGGAGGCCACGGUUCCUGCUGUUGCACCAACGCUGCCGCUGCCGCGUGGUGUGCAGCCAGGCGUGGACGAUGAGGCAACGCAGGUGCUUGGUGACUAUGGCGAUGACGCGGCGACGCAGAUCAUUGGCACCCCUCCUCGUGGUGUUGACACGUCCACAGCAGCGUACGAUGCUUCCACCCUCAUGCAACGCUCACCCGCACGCCACAAACGCACACUUGCAACAGCAGUGGCAGCAGCAAUGGACACGAGCGGGGACACCAACAACAACAACGAUGAUAAAGAUGAUGAUGCUGAUGAUGACGACACGACAGAUGACGAGAGGCGCGAUGCAACCAAAGACAACGACGCUGGUGAUGGGGGUGAUGGUGAUGGUGAUGGUGAUGGAGGUGGCCUUACGUCGUUCAGUCGCAUCAGCCAGCUGCAGUUGAAACGAUCAGCACGACCAGCACCACCAUCACUGCCAUCGCCUGCUGGGACUGUACGGGCGAACCAGCAGACAGCCGCUGGCGACGAUGGUAGCGGUGGUAGUGGUGAUGGUGAUGGUGAUGGUGAUGAUGGGACCGAAGAGGAGAAGAAAGGCCAGCACGAGCAAGGUGAUAGGAAGAAGAAGGAGGAAGCGGCUGGUGUGAAGGGCCAGGAGGCAACGGAAGAAGGGGGCGUGGCAACCGAAUCAAUGGUAGAUGAAACGCAGACUCGGCAGCAGGAGGCUGGUGAGGGCUCCACAGCCCAGCGGUCCUCACUGCAGUCCUCCACACAGUCUUCCCGUGUCGAGUCGCCAACAAAAGCGCGCCCGAGCUUGGUUCGCGACCGGUCUGUCACAACGAAGCUGCUCGAGGCGUCUGCCACCGCAUCCAAGCCAAAACACGAACGCAAGCUGCCUGGGUUCUUCUCCUCCCCCGCCACCAGCCCUGCCAAGACCAGGAAGAGCAAAGCCCGCACAAAUGCAGCACCAGACUGGGAGACCGUUCCCCUCACGCAGAUAAUGCCGCGGGAUGUUGAAGAGAUGACAACAGCAGAAUUGCGGACGGUGUUGCGACGGCUGGGCGCCAAGCGAUCAGGGGUGAAGGCAGAGCUGCAGGACCGGCUGAUGGAUGAGUUGGAGGUACUCAAAGACAGCACAGGCGGUGACGACCAGAGCGAAGAAGGCGGUGAGACGGGUGAAGGGGAACAGGAAGGCAAUCAUGGAGAUGAAGUGCAGCAAAAGCAAGCCAAGCCGUUAUCCCAAUCACCACCACCACCACCACCACCACCACCAGCCACAGCUACAACCACAGCAGCAACAUCAUCGACCACGACGAGCCUGCGUCGGUCUGGUCGCGCUGCGGGGCGGAAAGCGCUUUCGAAGAUCAAGGACGUGGUGAAGGAAGAGCGAAGGAGAGGAGGGGGAGGUUAUGGAGAUGAUGAUGGCGAUGGUGAAGACAGCGACACGGACGGGGGUGGCGAUGGCACGGAUACGGGCGAUGAUGACGAUGAAGAGGAGGAGUUUGUGGCGCACGUGAGCGAAGAAGAUGAUGACGAGGAGGAGGAAGAGGAAGAAGAGGAGGAGGAGGAAGAAGCGGGGCGUGUUGCAACGAUGAACGACAGCUUGGUGCAGGAGCUGCUGUCCAACAGGCAGGAGGAGAAUGCAGACAACAAGGAAGCCAAGACUGCCGCGGCAGCAGCAACACGAAGGCAUGCAGCGGACAAAGGAGAGAAGGAAAAGGUGGAAAAAGCAAAGGAAGGGAAGCAAGUCGCUCGUGGUGGUGAAGAUGAAGAGGGAGAUGUGACAGACAUGGAGGAGGAACAUGAAGAGGAGAAAGAGGAAGAGCACGAGGAGCGGGCUGCAGGAAAGGCAUCACAACAGGCAGAGAAGAAGCAACUGCAGCAACCAGCACCAGUCGAGACCCAACGUGUGCCACAGCAAGGGGAGCAGGCAGCGGGUGGCGGCCAGGUCGUGGCCAGGACGACAACCGGGGCUGAGAAGGAGGAGGAGGACAAGGAGGAGGAGGAUGAGAACUCGCUACUCACAGGCAUGAUGAUGAUGGAUGAAGAUGACGGUGAUGGUGGUGAGCGCGAGGCAAUGAACAUGACCGCGUCCACAACGAGUGGCGACGAGACGACGAUGCUUGUUCCGCCAUCUGUGUUCAACACGACGCCACCAUCCUUUGAUCGAACGACCAGCAGUGAGGGAGAUGCGUCGUUCCAGGCGCCCUUGCCCCACGUGCACGCUGAUGGCACACCACAAGCAGCGACAGCACCAGUACCAGGUAAAGGGGUGGCAGCAGCCGUUGCCGGGUCACCGCUCGCACGCGUACACACGUCCGCAAGUGAUGCUGAUGCCGGCACAGCAACGAAGAAAGACGACACAGGGAUUGCCGAGGGGCACGAUGCACACAACCACGAGCAAGAACAGCAGAAACCAGAAGAAGACAAAGAGGAGGAGGAGGAGGAGGAGGAGGAGGAGGAGGAGGAGGAGGAGGAGGAGGAGGAGGAGGAGGAGGAGGAGGAGGACGAUGACAUGGAAACGCAGGGCUUCGACGUGACGCGAGGGCUACUGGAAACCACAACAGCGAGUGAUGACAGUGGCUGGCUGCGUCCAAUGCAGCAGAAGGAAGGAGACGGGGGAAAGGGAGGUGUGGGCGAGGCCCGGAAGCAGGAGGAGGAGGAGGAGGAGAAGGUCGAGAAGGCGCCUCAGGCCACGGGCGAUGGUGACGUUGGUAGUGGUCAUGGGAACGGCACACAAGAGACGUUUGUUCGCGACACUGCGCCCCCUUCCAUGCAACAACAGCAGCAGCGACAACAAGAGGAGGAGGGCAGCGGUGACGUGUCGACACAUUCACCAGCAACUGCAACUGGGACAACGGCGCAGGCAGAUGUGACCUCAACACCAAGCGUCACAACAGCGUCUGUAAGUCGUGACGGCGACGAGGCUGUGGCCGAACUGAUGCGAUUGCAUCACGGUGACAGUGCGGCGGUGACGCAAUCGUCCACGCCCACCUCAACCGCUGCGAGCAAGCGGUCAACGCGGCACGCAAGCAGCAGUGGCGGUGAUGAAGAGGGAGAGCCUACUGUGGGUGUGGCGGGAGAACAGACCAAGAGGACCACACCCCCUGCCGGUCAUCACGAGCGGCAGCAGCAGCAGCAGCAGGCAAAGGGGUGGAUGCAGCGGCUUCGCGCACCAGGUGCGUUUGGUGUUGGUGCUGGUGGUGUUGAGAGCACGAACAUCACAACAGACCUGCCAAGUGGUGUGGCAACUGCAGCAGCGUCAACCAAAGGGACGCCAAGGCGUACCGGUGGUGGUGGUGAGGUGGGGAUGCUUGACUUGAGCACGAUUCCGCCAGAUGUGGCAGAAGAAGAAAGUGAGAGACAGGACGAAGAUGAAGGGGUGAAGAAAGGCGGUGGCGGUGUGAUUGCAUCCACGCCAAUUGGGCGAGCAGGAAAGCGGAAGGCAGCAGAGGAGGAGGAGAAAAAUGUGGGUGGGAGCACGAAAGACGUCGGGGUCGCAGAGGACGAGGAAGAGGGCGAAGAUGAAGGAGCAGGGCAGGAUGAGCCUGUGCCAAAACGGGCGCACAGGGGAGGAGGACGGCUGCAUCUGUCGCUCAAUCUCGGGCCCGAUGAUGAGAAGACGGACGACGAGGAAGAAGAAGGUGAAGGUGAAGAGGAUGAGGAGCAGGAGGAAGUGAGGCAGGUAAAGCGAGGGAAGGGCACGAAACAAGCAGAAACGAAGGGGAGAGGGAAGGGAAAGCAAACGAGAGCGGUGAGACGGACAGCACGAGGUAAGCGGCAGCACGGCGAUGAAGGCGAGGAAGCAGCAGCAGUUGUUGGUGGCGGCGAUGGUGGCGAUGGAGGGAGGCAGCCAGCGAAACGAAGCAAGAGCCAGGCGAAGGAAGAGGAGGUGGCUGAGGACGAAGGGGCCGAGGAGACUGAGGAUACUGGUGCGCGGAGACGAGGAGGAAGGCGGGUAACGCGGCGACAGAGCACAGCGAGGGCGAAGGCGGCAAUGAAGAAGACACGGACAAGCACACGGGGGAAGAGGAAGAAGAGCGCAGAGGAAGAAGAGGAAGCAGAAGAGGAAGCAGAAGAGGAGGUGAUGAUGAAGGAGGAGGAGGAGGGAGAGGAAAAGACAACAACAGCAGCAGCAACACGGCAAAGUCGAAGGGGCAGUAGCCGUGGCAGCACACAGAAGAAGAAGGCAAAGCAAGAAGGAGUGGGAGAGGAAGAAGACACGAAGCAAGAGAAGAAGCAGAAGGGAAAGAAGGGGAAGGCAGCACUGGAUGAGGCAACGACAACAAGUGCUGGCGAUGCUGGUGCAGACAACAUUGUUGUCAUGUUUACUGGCAUCGAAGACCCAUCUGUGGAACGGAAGAUCAAGCAGCUGGGCGGACGCGUUGUGAAGAGCGGCACCGACUUCAACGUUCUGUUCACGGACGGCGUCCACCGCACUGUCAAGUUUCUCGCUGCCCUUGCACGCGGUGUUGCUGUUGUCGGCUAUCCCUGGAUCAAGGCCAGCACCUCCCGCACAGGGUUUGCAGAUCCAAUGAAUCAUCUGUUGAGCGAUCGCGCAGCCGAGCGAAAGUUCAAGUUCAAACUUCGCGGCGCAAUCACGGCUGCGCGCAGCAGUGGCGGUUUGUUGUCUGGACUUUCGGUCCACAUCACCAAAGGCGUCAAACCGCCGCCAAAGGACAUGCAGACCAUCAUCGAGGCAGCCGGCGGCUCGUGCGUGCCGCUGUCAUUGCUUCCGCCGGAUGGCAUCAUCGUGACCACGCCACGCGAGGCCAAGCGGCUCAGGAAGGACCACCCAGACGCGGCGUUUGUCUCUUCUGAGUUUGUGCUCACGGGCAUUUUGCGACAGGAGGCAGAUACAGAGGCACACAAGAUCUGA